GUUUUCUGAAGUAGUUUUGUGCAAGUUUUAACGAAGCAUAACAACCGACGAGUUUGGCUGUGUUUGCUCCAGCGACAGACGCGUCUUCAUUUGUGAUUUUGCGUGCUCGUUCUAUUCUAUGUAGUCACAUGACCUCAAGAACCUUGUCAAUUAUCAUGGUUAACGUUGGUAUGGAACUCGUUGACUGGCCUUGAUAGGCGCGGCAGAGCGCUAACGUUUCAGCGCAAAUGGCAGCUUGCAAUUUCGUGGCGAGCUUCUAUCCCCAGGAGCACCGCACUCCACCGCUGCCGCUGGUAGCGCUGCUGGGCUGCCCGGAGCUGCAUCGCGAAAUCGGGGACUUCUUCAUCCAGCAGCACCGGCCACCGCUGGUGUUCCAUGGAUCGAAUGAGCCCAUCGAGCAGUUUGUGGCGCGGGCGUUCGGCCCCAAAAAGCAAUCGGUGCUGCUUGGGCCAGUCAUGGGGAUACUCAAGUCGGACUGGUUCGCCAAGCACCGCGGCAAGAAGCCGGCCAUGGCGGUGGCACUGGUGGAGAGGCGCGACCUGGAGGGCGACCCCAGCACCUGGAACCGGCUGGUGUACGGGCUCAAGCUCAUAGCGGACGGCGCGGGGCAGCGCGGCGCAGGGCUGAUCGUGGGCGUGGUGCAGCAGCAGGGUCUGGGCGAGCUGCCUCCGGACCGAGUGCAAGCUGUGGCUCACAACCUGUCACUGGACCGCAGGCUCAUCCUGCCUCUGCCGCUGCUGCCUCCACCCGGCACGCCCGCCGACGACCCGGCGGUGAAGCACGUGCGGGACGGCUGUCUGGGCCGGCUGGGCAAACUGGUGCUGGAGCUAUGCACGGCAUACUACUCCCGGCUCAGCAGGCACGUGGCCGACAAGGCGGCCCAGCGGCGCGCGGCGUUGAACGGGCCGCUGCCGCCGGAGCUGGCGGCUCGGACGGCGUUCAAGCUGGCCGUGUAUGCCGAGUUCCGACAGGACUGGGCCACAGCGGUGGCGCACUACCGCGAGGCGUACGCCGGUUGCCUGGCGGUGCAGGUGGUGGCGGCGCCGGCGCAAGGCGCGGCUCCGGCGCGGGGGCCCGCGAGCGGCGGCGGCGUGGUGGUGGUGAAGCCACAGAAGUGGACUGAGGUGUGUGCGGUGGCCGAGCUGGUUCACCUGAAGCUGCUGAUGCUGGCGGUGCACCAGGGCCGGGUGGAGGAGGCGGUGGCGCAGGUCCGCGCACACCUGGGCCACUUCAGGAGCCCGCCAGGCUCGCUGCCGCCUCCCGCCGCCAGCAGCCACCAUGGCUACCUGGUCCGGCAGCACCAGGUGGCGGCGCAGGAGGUGGGCAGCCACGUAGACAGCCUGCCGCCCUACCUGCCCGCCACCUUCACGCACAGCGCCCUCGGGCUAGGCGCGCAGCAGGCCACGCCCGUGCCGGGGACAGGCGGCGUGGGGGCGGGGCCGACGGGAGGUGGAGGUGGAGGCUCAGGCGCGGCCGGAGGUGGGUGGGCUGCGGGCGGGCCAGUCGGUGGCGGCGGCGGCGGCCUGUCGCCGCCGGGGCUGCCGCCGCAGCACCCUCAGCACCCGCACUUUCACCACAUCUCUGCGCCGCCACCGGCGGGGUACCCGCACGGGGGGCAGCAACUUAUCACUGGCGGCGGAGCCGCCGCCGGUCCCACGGGCCUGGGUAGCAGCUUCACGGGGGCCAGUGCGGGCAGCAUCACGGGCGGCACGGUGGCGGUGCCGUCGUCCUCACUGAAGGACUGCAGCCGGCCGCAUCUGCUGAUGGCGGCGGCGCGGCUGGCGGUGGCGCGGCGGCAGGCGGCGGACGCAAUGCGGUCGGCACGCGGCAUGGCGGUCGGCGGCGGCGGCGGCGGCAGCAGCGGGGCUUCGGGCGGGGCGGCCUCAGGAGCGGGAGGAGGAGGCGGGGGAGGCGGAGGUGGGGUGCUGUUGGACACGGCGCCGGUGCGGCGGGGCGCGUUCGUGGGCCAGCUGGUGCUGCGGAACGAGGCGGUGCAGGGCGGCUACUCGCCCCUGUCGGACUCUGACUACUGCCUGUUCCUGGAGUCCGAGGAGUGUCGGCUGGUGACUCCGGCUCUGGCCAUUGACGUCAUGAACUCUGCCCUGAUACUGCUCAAGGACUGCACGGGCGCUGACCGGCUGCGCUCCCAGCUGGGCGGCCUGAUGGCGGGCGAGCACAUGCUUGCAGGCAACCUGAGUGCAGCCAGAAAGCUGCUGCUGCAGGUGUGCCACCAGUACCGGCGCGAGGGCUGGCUGCUGCCGCUGCUGCAGGCCCUGGUGUCCCUGCGAGAGGUGGCCCAGCGCCUGCGACUGCCCUCCGAACACCUCUGCUACAGCCUCGAAAUCUGCGCCCUUGCCACACAGCUACAGCCGCCGCCGCAGGCGGCUGCUGCCGCCGCGGCCGCGGCGGCGGUGCAGCCGCCGCAGGCGGGCGCGGCUGCGCCGCACCCGAUUACGCUGCUAACGCAGGGCGGCGGGGGUGCGGGGGCAGGGGGGGUGGUAAGCAUGGCGGUGACGGAGACGGCGUCUUGUGCGGCCCGGAUUGUGGACCCCAACGCGGCCAUGGUGGCGUGCAGGUCGGCGGUGUCAACACUCAUCAGCGGCAUCUCCGACAUAAAGCAGGGCAUCAUGAAGAACGGCACGCCGUCCGCCCCCAGCAGCGGCGCCGCCACACCGCCCGAGCCCGUCACCCCCGACUCCAGCGCGCCUCAGGUGCCGCUGCCGCACUUGACCACGGCAGCAGCAGCGGCGGCGGCAGCAGGAGGUGGAGCAGGGGCGCCGCCGGUGCCCGGCACGGCGCCGCCGCCGCCGACCGUCACGAGUGGCGGCCUGCCGCGGCACUUCCACUACACGGUGGAGCACCUGGACCUGCGUGAGGCUCAGCGGCGGGCUCGUGAGGCGGGCGACCCGCGCCCCGUGGCCGACAUCAUGCACCGACACAGCCAGCACGACUACGGCUGGUGCAGGUGCGUCGCGCUGGCUGCCGGCUUCGCCUACGGCCGCCCCGCCGGCGACGCCGACACCGCCGACUUCUACCUGGGCCUGUACAACCAGCUGCCGCUGGGGCUGCCGCUCAAGGGCGUCAUCCUGCACUUCGCGGACGACGUGGGCGACACCUGGGUGCAGGCGCUGCCCGGCCCCAUCCCCGCCGACGAGCCGCCCGCCAUGCCGCUGCCCGGACACGUGGGGGCGGCCCUGGACUCUGCCACCCACUCCUUCCACCACCUGCACCUCAACACCCACCUCAAGCCCCACAACGCGCGCCAGCCGCAGCAGCAGCAGCAGCAGGGGGCGGCUGGUCCGGGCGGCGUGACGGGGCCGGCGGAGGGCGACGGCACGGAGCGGCUGCCAGGCCAGCUGCACUUCACCGACGGCCCGCCCUCCUCCACCACCUCCUCCUCCACCACCUCCUCCUCCUCCACCGCCUCUGCCACGCUUCCGCCGCACCGCUGGGCGCACUACUCGGUGCGGCUGGCCCCGCGCUGCCUGGGCCGGCUGCGGGCGGAGCGGGCCAUCCUGUUGCUGAGCGACCACGCCACCAUCGUGUUCAAACUCGCCAGCUUCCCGCCCGCCACCGCGGCGGCGGCGCAGCCGGGCGUGCUCACGGGUCCUCUGCUGGCGCCGCCCACGGCUGUGGGGCGGCAGGCGCGCACGCCCUCGCUGUCUGCCGCCGCCGCCGUGGCGUGCGGGCUGCCCUCCGUGGACCACGCGGCGGCGCCCUUCCGGAGCAUCCGCGCGCCCGGGCCCGUGGCGGGCCCCGCCGUGGCGCCCGGGCAGUUGGUGUUCAACGUUGCGCACCUAGGCCCGCUGCCCUCGCUCAGCUACGGCCUGCCCACUGGUCUGGCGCUGCUGGGCGAGCACGCGCCGCUGCUGGCGGUGCUGGCGGUGCCUGCGGGCGGGCGGCCGCUGGUGGGCGCCGCUAUGGAGUUUGUGAUUGGGCGCACGGGCGGCGGGCUGCAGCCCAGCGACAUCGUGCUGGUGGUGGAUGACGCAGAGGGGCCCACCAAGGGUCUGAUGGCGCUCAACAACGAGCGCUACCGUAUCCCGCUGCCGCCCGUGCAGCCGGGCCGCCGCCACACUGUGCGGCUGUGGGCGAGGUCGGCAGCGGCGGGCACCGCGGCGGUGGCGGCAAUGCUGCUUUGCCCGGCACAGGUUACGGCCAGUGCCACGUUGACGUUUGAGGAGCCGUUCGAGUUCAAGUGCAGGCUGAGCUCCGAGGUGGGCGUGCACACGUUGUCGCUGCCGCGUGUGAACGCACGCGAGCUGGGAGCCACGCAGCUGACCAUUGGCCAGCCAGUGAUGGUAACGGCGCUGGUGCGGGCGCUGCAGCCAGCCUUGCUGGAGCUGGCGGGGGCACAGGUGGCUCUGGAGCCGGGUGCCGCCAUCAAGCUGGUCGCCGACCCCGCACAGCAGUUGUCCGUGCUCAAUGGCGGCGUAGGCGGCUUCGACCCCCGGGGCACGUCAGCAGCAGCAGCUGGAGGGGCCGGCGGCGGCGGCGGCGGCGGUAUUCCCGGCAGCGCGCCGGGGACCGCGCCGCCCUCGCCGCUGCGGCUGCAGAACGGGGCAGGAGGGGCCACGGGUGCCGCCGGCAACGCAGAUGCUGCUGUAGGAGGCGGCGGCGGCUCGGGGCCGGUGGUGGUGGCGCCCAGCCGGCUGUGUCGCGGCGACGUGUUCACGCUACUGCUGCCCAUCUGCCCCACCGAAAUGCUGGAGCACGCUCGCAGCAUGGGACGACUGAACCUGCGCUGGCGCCGCGCCGCCGGACACGGCCUGCGAGCCGCCAUGCCCGCGUUGGGAGAUGGGGACCCGGAUGAGGCGGACCCGCUGGCGGAGCCCUGCCCUGACCCCUGGGUCACGACCACGUUGGAGCUGCCGCGGGUCACGGUGGCAGACAGUCUGCUCACGGCGCGCACAGUGCUGAGUCAGACGGCGGUGACGGCGGGCAUACCCUUCACCUACUCGCUACAGCUCCAAAAUUUCGGCUCCACCCCCCUGGAGCUGAUGGUCAGCCUCACCGACUCGCCGUCCUUCGCCUGCGCCGGCGAGCGCAGCCCCAGUCUCACCGUGCCGCCGCGCGAGCGCGCCUCCGUGUCUUGGCAGCUCACCGCGCCCGCGGCCGGGCACCUGGCGUUGCCGGCGGUGCGGCUGCUGGCGCCGCGGCACAACUGCGCGCUCACCACACAGAGCCCGCACGUUUACGUGGCGCCGUUCUAGGGGGCCGGCGUGGAGUGUGGGGUGUGGGGCGUUGGGCGUGGAGGGCCCUUUCGGUGCCGUUCUGGUGCUUGGCGCAUUCGUAAUGAAGUGAUUCAGGGGUGUGGCAGGGCGGGGCGGGGCUGGGUGCUGGGUGGCAGACGGAUCGGAGUGCCGGCUGCCGGCGCGCUGGAGUGCGCGGCUGACGCAGGAAAGGCGAUCGCGGUGUGUACGUGUACGUGUGACGGUCGCAGAGCUCUACCCUGUGAGGCACGGGCUCAGAGAACCGGCACACUUGGCACGCAAGGGCGCACGGCAUGGCGCAUCAGGCAGAUGUAAUAUGAUUCAAUG